UUUGUUGUUAACGUGCGCUUGUGAGCGACGGACGUGUGCGUUACAGAAAUUGAAUAUAAAAGGAAAUUAUAUGUCAUAAGGUGGCGUUUGAUUAAAUUUCUGUGUAUACAACUUUGCAUUAUUAAAGUUGGUUAUUCAAAUGUGAUAAAAGCAAUUUGCAUUAAUAAAAAAAAAAGGGCUAAACGUGGUGAGCUGUGCAAGUGCCGUUACUUAGACCCGCCAUUGUUAGAUACGCCGUUAUAAAGAGAGCCCUUGCCGCCGUGUGUUGCCGCUAGCGCAAAGUGCAAGCGAUAACAAAUGCCAAAUAAUAAAUUGUAGUGCAAUUCACGAUCAUUGCUAAAUAAAUAAAAAUUAAUUUCAUAGUUCUUUUUUCCUCCCCUCAUUUAUUUACUACAUACGUAUAUACAAAUAUAUACAUAAAGCAGCCGAAAAACGAACGCGUGUGCUUGUCAGUUUCGACGAACUUGUGUCUGUGUUUGUGUAAACGACGUCCCAGCAGCACGCAAUAAGAACGAAAAAGCGAAAAGAAACAACGAGGACUACGUCAAAGCAGAAGUCGAAACAUUCACUGCAGAAAAGAAAGGAAACUUGUACAAAAUAAAUUGCAAAGUAUUCGGUUUUAAGCAUUUGAACUAAAUUUAAAUAAAUUAACUGAAACAUGACUGACGUUGAGCAACCGCCACAGAAUGGCAUAGAUCCAACCGCGGGCGAGGAUGACGAGAACAGUAAAGCGCGUCCCGCGGAUAUUGAACAGGACAUGCGGGAGAUGGAGCGACGCAAACGCGUAGAGGCCAUCAUGGGCUCCAAACUGUUUCGCGAGGAACUGGAACGCAUUGUCGACUCGGCACGUGAGGGCAGCGCCGGUGCCAGUGGCAUAUUACAGCAGUUGUCGGAUAUUGUGGGAGUGCCAGUGAAUCGUGUGAGCAACGUUUUCAAGAGCGGCAGCUGCAUGGUGCCCAUCAAUGAUAUACGCGGCGUGGAGUCGAUGGGAUAUGCCAAGGGUGAGAAGAUACUCAGAUGCAAACUAGCUGCCACAUUCCGGCUGCUGGAUCUGUACGGCUGGACACAGGGUCUGGGUGCACAGAUUACGGCACGCCUAAAGGUCGAUCAGGAGUACUUCCUGGUCAAUCCCUAUGGCCUGCUGUACCAUGAGAUAACUGCCUCAGCCCUCAACAAAGUCGACAUGCAGGGCCAAAUCGUCGAGCAGGGCACAACCAAUUUUGGCGUGAACAAGAGCCACUUUGUCUUGCAUUCGGUGGUGCAUGCAGCGCGUCCAGAUAUCCGUUGCGCCAUUUAUAUUGGCUGCAGUCCCGUUGUGGCAAUCUCUUCGCUAAAGACGGGCCUGCUGGCUCUCACCAAGGAUGCCUGCGUGUUGGGCGAGAUUAGCACACACGCCUAUACCGGUCUGUUUGACGCGGAGGAGCGCGAUCGCCUGGUACGCAGUCUGGGGCCCAACUCCAAGGUCAUGCUGUUGACCAACCAUGGCGCCCUCUGCUGCGGCGAGACCAUUGAGGAGGCUUUCUUUGCCGCCUGUCAUAUUGUGCAGGCGUGCGAGACGCAGCUAAAGCUGCUUCCGGUUGGCCUGGACAACCUUGUGCUAAUACCUGAGGAAUCGCGCAAGUUGAUCUACGAUCAGUCACGCCGUCCACCAGAGGACUUGGAGAAGAAAUUCGCUGCCAUCACAACUGACGAGGACGGUGCUGCCGGUGCCGGCAAAGAGGAGGCUGCCGCGCCCAAGAUUGGCAGCCCGCCCAAGUGGCGUGUGGGUGGCGCCGAGUUUGAAGCACUAAUGCGCAUGCUGGACAAUGCUGGCUAUCGCACUGGCUACAUCUACCGUCAUCCACUGAUCAAAUCAGAUCCGCCAAAGCCGAAGAACGACGUUGAACUGCCACCAGCUGUGUCUUCAUUGGGCUACCUGCUGGAGGAGGAGGAGCUCUUCCGACAGGGUAUCUGGAAGAAGGGAGAUCUACGCAAGGGCGGCGAUCGCAGUCGCUGGCUGAAUUCGCCCAAUGUUUACCAGAAGGUCGAGGUACUCGAGACUGGCACUCCAGAUCCCAAGAAAAUCACAAAGUGGGUAGCCGAGGGUUCGCCCACCCACUCGACGCCGGUGCGCAUCGAGGAUCCAUUGCAAUUUGUGCCAGCCGGAACAACAACCAAGGAGUUUAAGCGAGUGCAACAGCAAAUUAAGGACAAUCGACGCGCAGACAAAAUCUCUGCCGGCCCACAAUCGCACAUUUUGGAGGGCGUUACCUGGGAUGAGGCGAAUCGCAUCAAAGAUGCAACCGUCUCGCAAACUGGUGAUCAUGUUGUGCUGAUGGGUGCCGCCUCCAAGGGCAUCAUACAGCGAGGAUUCCAACAUAAUGCGACAGUCUAUAAGGCGCCCUAUGCCAAGAACCCCUUCGAUAAUGUAACAGACGAUGAGCUGAACGAAUACAAGCGCACCGUUGAGCGCAAAAAGAAGAGCAUUCAUGGGGAAUAUACCGAUACAGACUUUUCGGAAUCAGAGGCACUCAACUCGAUGCAAGCAGCGGGUGCACACGCACAUGCAAAACACGCACAGAGCGAACCAGAAACGGAACACCAAGUCAUACAGAUUCAAACACAACAGGCGCCCAUUCCCAGCCAGGCUGAGGUUGUGCUAAGUGAUGAUUUGCAAGAUCAAGACACUGUUCCUGAUACUGUCGAUGUCCAGGGAAACAAGAAUAAUGACGACGUAGUCUAUGAUGAGUUGGACAAGGAGAAUCAUAUUCAGAAUGCUACCAAAUGUCGUCGUGAUUUGCUCUCAGCUUUUACUAAUCCUAAUGACGCAGCAAUUCCUUCUGUUGACUUGCCAGUAAACCCAGAGUCUCAAGCAGCACCAAUUGCCAUGUUGCAGGGAGAUCUUUAUUCAUAUGCCUAUGGGGCUGCGUCUUUGGGUCGUUGUUGUCAGCCCCAAAUUUGUUCCGUGCUCUUGCACGCUUUGCACUCGGAGCAUUUGCAAAAUGUGGGCUACUAUCGUAACAAUCGCUCCAGUACCACUUCCAGUACAGGCACCACUAACGAAUCAUCUCCUACUCCACGUCGUCCGUUGCAGCUGGCCAACGGUAUACCGCCUCCAUAUCGCACUCUAUCCCAUUUUGGAUUCAAUUCGCCCCGUCAGGCUCCACGUACCGAGCACAAACAUCUGCCGGCUAAAGUGGAUUUCAUUCGCUAUAGACCAAUACAGCGUGUGAUUAGCUAUGAGGAGAUCUUUGCCACGCCCCGGUACGAGCAGCUAUGCCACUUCUGUUUCGAGCAGCUGCUACGCCUCAAGCCGGGGCUGCAGCGUCGCAGUGCUGCCAGCAGCAGUGGCGAGGAGCCAGAUGAUGGGCUCAGCUGCCCGGGCAGCUUUCCGGUUUCACCACGGCAACUGACCACGCUAACCGAAUUGGACGACGAAGAGGACUACGAGGAUCGGCUGUAUAUUCGACAGCCAAUGGCUAGAAUGCCCUGUCAUGUUAGCACUCAAACGAGCUCCAUUCUAUUGAGCAGCCAAUUUCUCAAGCAACUGGAGAACCUCAACUUCUCGGAGGAAUCGACUAAUGUGAACUAUGUCCCAGGACUUCAAACCAUAAAUAGCGAUUUAACAACGCCCACAAGUCCUGCUGCCAGCGCAUCUAGUGCGCCUCCACUUCAUUCAGCCAAGAAACCGGAUAUCGAUCCGAAUGAUAAGACUAGGACUGAUCUUACCGAAGUCUGGAACUUUGGCAACUGGCAGGAGCAAGCCGCAGAUGUGAACGCGCAGCAACCGUUAACUGAACGUCGCAUUACACUCGAGAUAACUCAACAAUUUGCCCAUAAUCCCGAGGAGCAGCAACAGGCUGAACGUCAGUUGAUGUCGCGCGACGAUCGUCAGCGUCGCAAAUUGGAGUUCCAGGAGUUGUGGCAGGAUCAUGUCCAGUACUUUGGUGCGAAGCAAGAAAUGGAGCAGGAAAGUCCAGAGACUCCAGAGCAUACAUUGACCAUUUCGUUGGAUGCACAGGAAGAUAAAACUUUGAGAGCUUAUGGUUGGCUACGGGAGCAGCAAUCUUAUGAUGAAGAAGGAAAUUCGAAUAAUGGAGCUGGAUCACUGAAUGAACCUGUCACAGAUUACCAAUCUGAGGCAACGGGCGAGGGCCAUUAUGAAGAGCCAUUAUCUAGCAACACUCAUGAUAUACCAUCCGUCACUGGUGACUCGCGCCAACAAGCUGUUGCUGAAAUACCGAAAAUAUUGGAAGAAUUCGAGCAGAGUCUGUGUGUGGCAGGACAAAAUCUUGAAAAACUGGUUGCUACCACUAAAAAGCUACGAGAAGUGACUAUCGCUGAAGAACCUCUUUCGGAUGACUCUAUAGAAAGUGGUUCUCUAUUCCGUGCUAUCAGCUUGGAGAAUAUUCCCAAUGCCGAUGAUACUGUAUCAGUUUCAGAACCUCAACGCUUUGAGCCGCAGGAUUUGAGCACAGAUGAGGAAUCGCAAGAAGUCGGCGAUGAAUCACACGGGGACAUUGAUCAGGAAGAGAAGCGUGAUAUUGAGAAACCCGUAACACCUGUGCCUCUCGUAUUCCGACUGAAGCCUAAAGGAAAACAUCACAUUGAGUGCAAACUUAGCGAUGAAAAGGACGUUGAUGAGAAUGAAAACGAUAUGGGGGAUAUUGUCGAAAGCGCCAGUACAACUGAGAUAUCAUUGUCGGCAGAGCCAACUGCAAGCUCCGAUGAGCUUGCUACACCGCAAAGAGAAUCUUCGAGUGAUAUGUUUUCGCCAUUGGAGCGUGAUAUACUCGACAGCAUCGAGGCGGAUAAUCUUAAGGAAAGAGAGUCCAUUUUCGGCAGAAUUGAUGAGAGCAUUCGCAACAAGCUAACACCCUGUAAACUACAGCUCAUGGUCUCUGGAACAGAGGAAACUUUUGAGACAUGCACGCACAUCUAUAAGAGUCCAACCAACGCAACGCCACCAACUCGUCAUCUUUUCCAGUUCACCAGCGAACCACGUCCGUCUACCUUUUCCCAGCAUGAUAUUAGUGCGCCAGCCAGUUCAUCGGCGCAUGCUCGUGUGAUUCCUGGUAAGACGCCACGUCUGUCCCGAUCUUGGGAUAGGCGACUGGACAGCAGUGAGUCGUCAUCGUCGACGUCUCUCCGUAGCAGUCCUCGCAAGAGGCGCAACUUUGUACAAGAGAAUAUACGCAAUGCCAGUAAGCCGCGUGGCUACACCAAAUCCAAACCCCUAAUGGCUUCCAGAUUGAAGAGUGUUCAGGUGAAGAGUAGUGAUCUAUCGGCUGUCUGCACCUUUGAGGCUGAGAAACGUGGUAGCAGCUCUCGUCUGUGGGUUUCGCUGCCCACGUCUCCACGUAGCACCGCCGGCCACAAGCGCCGAUACGCUAGCCCAAAUGAUGUGCGUCAUCCAGUAAUUCACUCGCCCCACACCAAACGCGCUAAGCCCAUUGAAAAUCAGACAACCAAAUUGAAUCGUAAUCUGUAUAAAACAAUUUCCAGCACAACAUUUUGUACAGAGUCGCUUGAAUGUGACGAGAGCUUGGCUCAGAACAUUUCUAGCACCACAUUUGAGGUGGGUUAUAUGUCAGAGGAUCAGCAGAGUGGAACUCCUCCAAAUCCGAUAAACAACAACAACGAAGCUAUUGCCUCACCAGAGAAUAAAAACAAUGCAACUGGUAGCUCCAUGUAUUACAGUGCCGAUGAUAAUACAGUUGUGGACAUGCUUCUAGAGAUGUUGGAGAACGAGAGUCUAGAGCAGGAUAUGGAGGAGCAUAUGUAUGACAAUGGAAAUCAGGCUUCGGUAGUCUCAUCUAAUGAUACGCAAGAGGAAUCGCAAGCAGAAGCUAGAGAAAUAAAUGAGGCAACAGAUGAAGUAUAUACUGGCAAUAAGAAUGGACUAUCGGAAACGUCGAACGAAAUUGAGCUUGGAACUGAAACUAUGGAGUCGAAAGCCAAUGAAGACAAAGAAUUUUCACAGAAUUUGGAUAUUGAACAAUUCCUAGAGAAUACAAAUGCAGAUGCUAUGGAAAGUGAUCUCAAUGAUCCAGAUAAUUGUUUGGAUGAAUUUAUCGAUAUUGGUGAUACUAUUAUAAAAUCUUUCGCUGAUGAACUCAGAGCUCAAAAUCAGAUAGAAUCAGCCAUUGAAAUUGAAGAGUCGGCUAUGAAGUCUGAAGUUGAGAAUAAAUUGGGAGAAAUCGUUUCAGAGGGUAUUGAGAAUCAACUCCAAUCAAUCAAUAACAUUGAAGGGGAGGUUUUAAACUGUGUAACUGAUCAAAUAUUUCAACAACUAAUAUCGCAAGGAAUCAAGGAAUUUGAUAAUAUAGAAAGAGCUAUGUUGCAGUCUUCAACUGAUGAAGUAUUGAGAGAACUUCUAUCGCAUGGACUCAGUAAUCAAUCAGAUAACAAACCAGACAUGCCUUCAAUUGAUGAUCAUAAUGCGGCUUUGGACAAUGAAGAAUAUAAAAUAGAUACAGAGUUGUGCCUUUUCAAUGAAACCGCCAAUGGAAAUACUUUAACAUAUAUUCAAUCAAGCUUUUCGUUAACCUCAAAUCGUGCUAACUUUAAUAUUUGUGCUCAAGAAACAAUGGUAUCAUCCUCAAUCAAUGAGGGCGUCGACAGUUCUGAUGAAAAGUCUUCAAUUAACGAAAGUUUGCCCCAAAACCAUCAUGAAUUACCAUUGGAAAAUCAAGAUACAAUUGAGGAGGAUAACGAUAACAAGCCAAGUACUUCAGCAAGGGCUGCUGCCAGAAAUAUGAAACGCACUGCUAGUGGUGCUUUGAAAGCAACAGAGAAAGCUGCUAAAACCGAAAAGGGCGAGGGGGAUGAUACGGUUGUCCUCAGCACGAAAUGUACGCUUAAAGAUGGAACUCUACAAGUGAAAGCAGACGACUCCUUCGACGACAUCCAAGCUCCGCGUUGUGAAAAUAAUAAAACUAAACUUUGCAAACCUUGUGAUGCCGCGGACGAUGAUCUCGGAUGGGAUUUGUUUGAGGUGGAUGACAUUCUUCAGUUCCAUGAUGACGAACUGCUUGAGGAGGAGCUGGAGGAAGAAAUUGAUUAUUCGGAUGACGACAGUCCACAUUUCUUUACGGAGGAAGAGGAUGAGGAUGUGGAAGAGGAUGACGAUGAUGAAGAUGGGAAUGUGAAUAUGGAGGACAAUAACAAUGUGAAUGUGACUGUGGAUGUAAAUUUGAAUAUGAAUGCGCUAAAUCCCAAUUCGUUUGACCUUUUGGGCGCCAUGCCAGACAACAACAGCCCACCAUUCAUUGGGCCUUUACGUGAGAUUGAGUUGGAUGAAUUUGGACAAAUGGAUAUGGACCUUGAUACACAAACGUUGCAUGGAUACAACCCGAACUUACCCUCUAGAAAUCCACCGGCAAUCAAUUGGCCAGCUGAUCUUAUUUAUGACUAUGGUCCCUUCAUAGUGGAGUUUAGAGAAAGACCUGGAGAACCCGAUGCUAAUGCUAAUGAAAAUUCACCGUCUCCACAAACUCUAGAAGUAUCACAGAAUGAAAUGAAUCAAGCAACGGCCCAAGAACUAAAUCUACAACUCACAGAUGAUAUUCCCAUGUGCGAAGACAAACCCAAAAACGAACCGAAAGGCGAACCCAAAAACGAACCAAACGACGAAAACGAACCGAAAGAUGAACCCAAAAACGAACCGGAAGACGAAAACGAAAACGAACCCAAAGACGAAGAAAAGCCUCCAGGAAAUGAAUAAAGAAACUACGAAUCCCAUUGAAUGAAUAUCUAAACUAGCUUUACGUGCCAAGUCAACAGACAUUUUGAACUUUUUUCAGCUCAAUUUUUACAGAAUUUUAAACUUCUUUUUUUUUUUAAUUUUUAUGAUGUAACUUGGCAUGAGCUUGUAUCAUUUUUUAUACUUAUUAUACUAACCACUGGUGGAUUGUAUGGUGAAUGGAUCUAUUUUUUAUGAAGAACAAUAAAUAUAUCCUUUUGAGUUUA